AUGUUACGAUCAGCCACCAAAACGUCAACGUCAAUAGUUGCAUCAACGGUGUGGGGAAAGCCUCGUCAACCGUCUGGUGUUAUGAUGGUAUGUCGGAUAAGAAAGGUCCACAAGUCUACUACCACUCCUCCCUCGACAGCAGCAUCAGCAGCAGCAUCAGCAACAAGCGGCACUACUGCUAGUACUACUGGUAGUACUGCUGCUAGUACUGUUACUAGUUCUAGUAUGCUACCGUCCUCGACACGCAAAGUGAUUCAAGAAUACAACAGCUUGGUUCGGAAUCCCAAAAUCAAAGAAGCGUUGCCUUAUAUUGGCAACGGUGCGUACCUGGCCUUGGCGAGUGGAUUUCUCAUGACAGACAUGUUGUCGUUGCGAGUUGCCUUGGUGGGAGGGUAUGUCGGACUAGUCUCCUUUCAUGCCCUCCAUCCGAGACCACUUCAGAUUCCACUCCGUUGGUCGGCACUCUUUGUGUUGGUCAAUGCGGGAGCAGCCUACAUGCUGGCCAUGGACCGGUACGGGCCUCCCCUGUCGGAAGAAGAGGAACGGUUGUAUCACAAUCAUUUCUCGCAACUCUCCAAGGGCGAAUUCUCGCAACUUUUGGUCUUGUCCAAGAGGGAGGUGGUCCCCGAUGGCACGAUAUUGACAAGAGAAGGCCGGGUCUGUCCACGAUUAUACUUUAUCGAAAAGGGAACCGCCAAGGUCUUUCAUCAUGGUGCCUUUGCGUCAAGCGUGGACGAAGGAGGGUUCGUCAAUGACGUCGCCUUUCAGAUUGGUGAACACGAGGGCGCCUAUGGAACCGUCGUGACCGAAGGCGAUGCCUCUCUUUUGUUUUGGGAUCAGGUGGAAUUGCGAAAGCAUCUCAAGAGCAAGCCUGACAUGGAAAGCAAUACCAAAUACUUGCUGAGCGAGCACCUCAUGAGGGCCUUGCUCAAUCAACGAGAUGCAAAACGGUGGAACCAAAACAAGCUCCAAGAACAAUAA